AUGACAAUAGAGCCGACGCCCCCACUCGUAGAGGAAAGGCUGGCCACCUCCGCCCGGGCGGACGCUCUGCAUCCUAACCGCCUGACAAAUCUACAAGACCACCACCAUGGCCCGGCCGACACGCGCGACCCUUCUUCCCAUGGCGCCUCAGGCUUUGCAGAAUUGCGCGACAUGGCGAGCACCGCGCUCCGGGACGUUGACACCGUGAUUGUGGGCAACGGCCCCUCGGCAUUGAUCCUGUCUUAUAUCCUCCAUGGCCACAUUCCGUACUACGCCCGGCCGCACCACGAUCCGCUGCUCCGCACGAAGCUCGAAUCCCGUCGCAACCUGCUCGAUCUGACGCCGGAUCUCUACGCUCACUUCCAGUCAUCGCUCCGCUAUUCGACCCAGGCCUUGCCGAUCAAUACCCUGCUUGACACCCUGAUCCGCCCAAAUGCCGACACUGAGAUUGAUCCCGAGUCUUGUGUCGACUGGCGCUAUGAGCCGGACAAAGCCGUGUCACACCUAGCUUUGGGGAACCCUCCUCAUGCCGGAGGCCAGUGGACCGACAAUCCAGUAUCAGCGAGCAAUGAUAUUGGCACGCUGAGUUAUGCUGAGAUGCUCUCUUUGCCCGGAUACUCCUUUGCGGACCAUUGGAAGGCUCUGAAUGGGGAACCGUUGCCGCACUUCUUGCGCCCUACUCGGAAGCAGGUAGCCGCGUACUACAAGGCGUACCCUCAUGCUGUCGGUAUUGCAGAGUCUAUCCUGAAUGGCGCUCAGGUAUCCGGUGUCUCAAGGACGCCGGACGGCUUCUACAUCGGCUCCCAUGGCAUCCGAUGCAAACACCUCGUGCUCGCGUCGGGGAUCUUUUCAGUCAACAUCCCACCGCCGCCGCUUCUGUCCCCUCUGCGCAGUGUACACAAUGUGACGAAACCGCUCUUGGUGAUAGGCUCCGGCUUUUCCGCUGCGGACGUCAUUAUUUCGACGCCGCCGCACCGCAAUGUCAUUCACAUGUUUAACUGGUCACCGGAGGACAGACCCUCUCCCCUACGCGGUUGCCACCACCAGGCCUAUCCUGAAUACGCCGGUAUUUAUCGACAGAUGAAACUUGCCGCGCUUUCCUCUUCAAAGUCCAAAGCGGCUGCGUCUCCCUUGAUGAGGAAGAAAAACAAUCCUUUCUUCGCCCGCCGGGACUGGGCAAGUGUCUACGAAGGUCUGGCCAACGCUACCAUUGUGGACGUCACCUCGAUUGACGAUUUCGUCAAAAUCACAAUACGCCUAGAGUCCGGUGACAUUAUUGAACGUGCUGUUGGCGGGAUUGAAUAUGCGGUGGGAAGACGCGGUUCGCUCGAAUACCUUGACGAGCCGCUACGUUCAGAGGUCAUCGGCCCCACUACUGGUGGAUAUGAAGAGAAGGAUGAGCCGCUGCCAGGGUUGAUUUCCGGUCGCACCCUGCGUGAUAAGGCCGAGGAGGACUUGGAAAUCGCGCCUUCUGUCUUCCUGAUCGGCAGCCUGACAGGCGAUUCACUAGUGCGGCAUGCUUUCGGUGCAUGUGCCUAUGCUGGUGGUAGGAUCCUAGAUGCGAAGCACGAGUUCGCAGGGGACAACGGCUGCGCGGCGUCCGCUGCGAAGACAAAGAUACCCACUCCGCCCAGGAGCCCUGUCCACAAAGGCGUCAAUGGACACUCGCGCAAUGGGAGUAGUCCAAAAAUCAGGCCAAAUGGCGUCAGUCAUCAAGACCUCCACCUGGACCGGAGAAAGCUGCCGAGGGCAAUGGUGCUGCAGGAUGCGGAGAAGCAGUAA